ACACACAUCACAGCAUGAAGCAUCUGGGGCCGUUGUUCCAUCGCUUGGACCAGCGCAGGAAUCAUGAAGGUGAGAUGCGGUUCCUUCAGCCUCAGAGUCAAGUUGCGCAGGCGCUCUCGGCGGCCAAAUCCAAGUUCGGGAGCCUGCCGAACCUCCUCAGGCGGAACCCCAAAACUCCGUCGACGGGAUCCCGGCAGUCUCCGGAGCCACCGGACGGCCUCCAUGCUGAAGACUCUCUCUCUCGCUCUCUCUCUCUUUCACGCCCCACUUUUGAAGAGAACCUUCAGAGCCAGUGCUUCUCAGAGGCUAGCCGACAGCUGAUUGGUCGAGAGGAGUGUCUAUUUGGGAGUGACCAACAGGAUUGCCAGGAUGAGGAGGCGGAGGCGGGGUUGAGGAGGGACUAUGAGGCUCUUCUGGAGGAGGUCUGGCAGACGGUGAGGAAGGCCCUGCAGCCUCUAGACCAAUCAGAGCAGGGCGCCCUGAAGGAGGCGGUGCUAGCCAUCCAACAGGAGGAGGAGCAGGACAGGAGGUGGGAGGAGACUGAGACUGAGAGGCGUCCUGAUUGGAGGCCGAGGCGCUGCAGACACGCCCACGACAGCCUGCUGGAGGAGAUGGUGAGUGAGCGCGUGCGAGGGGCGGAGCCUCACUUGAGGGGCGUGUCCUCUAUAGAGAGGGAUCUGAUUGGCUUGGGCCAGUGAAUCAGAGCGGACCUGCUGCUGGUAGUGCACCAGGUGAGGAGCUGUUACCCGGGCGACGUGGGGGUGUGCCAGGCCUACGCCCAUCUUUACCACCAGGCCUUCGGCGCCCGUCUGCGGGACCUCGCCCAGUACGGCCUGGACACCCAGGACUGCACACACCUGCUGAGCUGGACCAAUCACUUUUACCCCAGUAUUCUUCAGGAUCCAGAGUUGCUAUCGGAGGUGAAUGCUGAGCUGCUGGAGCCUCUGCUGCCUUCAGACAUACUGAACCCUCUGGUUGAGCAGCACCUGGAAGACAAGGAGACUGAGCUGCGAAGAUGCUUAAGGAAUGUGCUGGAGAGGGAGGAGCUAGGCUGGAGGGACCAGACCACACCUGAGAUGAUUGACAGCUGUCACUUCAGUCCUUUGGCCAUUGAUGUCAUCCAGUGUGUAGAUGCCAACCUGAAGUCUGUUCAGAUAGUGCUGGGUGGUGACGAGACGCACAGACACAGGAUGGUGGCAACACUGGCACACUUCUUCAGCAGCUACAAGGGCAUCCUGGACAAGGUGAUGAAGCACAAUGGAACACAUAGCAGAUCCGUUGUCAUGGCGAAUCUCACCUGCCUCAGGCUGUUCAGGGAGUUCUUAACUGGAGAUGUUCCCUGCCCUGAGGAUGUCCGUACUUGCUGUGUUUCCGUGGUGACCAGCAUGAGGGAUAGCUGCCACACCCACUUAACGAGCAUCAUCCAUCAGAACCUAAAGGAGACUUACCGUAAGCUGUGGAGUCCCAGCUGGUUGAAGAGCAGCAGUAGUGUGUGUGAGCAGCUCCGAGAUAGACUCCGCCCACACCUGCAGGACCUCAGGGCUCUGGACCCCACCUGCAGACAGGAGCUGCUGGGCGUGCUGCACGAGGAGGUGUUGGUUGAGUACGUGAGGAGGAUGAUGAAGAGGAAGAUCAAGCUGAAGCACAAACAGCAGCAGGAAGAGGCCGCUGCAGCCCUGUGUGACGAUGGCCAGAAGAUACACACACUCUUUACUGAUGCUGGCUGUAGAGUGGAGUGGCUCGGUCGAGUUCUUCCUCUACUAUCAGAGCUUCUGAGGAUUCAAGAUCCUGAUGCCAUCCUCCUGGAACUAGUCACCCUAACCAGAGAACUACCCGACGUCAGUGUUGGCCAUAUCUCCGCUCUGCUGCAGCUGAAGUCUGGCCUGUCAGAGAAGGACUGUAAGAAGAUCAAGAAGAACUUCACUGAGCUGACUGGAGCACAGACUACACACACACACACACACACACCAGCACGCCUCUUCUUUAGCAAAGUCAAGCUCUAAUAAGUACACAGGUACACACACACAGAAGCACUCGAAUGUUUUUUAUGUUUUAUACAAAGCUGUAUGUUCACAUGUACGUGUCUUCAUGUGUGUGUGUGUGUGUGUGUGUGUGUGUGUGUUCACACUUACGUGUCUUCAUGUGUGUGUGUGUGUGUUCACACUUACGUGUCUUCGUGUGUGUGUGUGUUCACACUUACGUGUCUUCAUGUGUGUGUAUUUCAAAUGAAAUGUUAAUGUAUAAACACACGUGUGUGUUUGAUAUAGUGUUUCAAAUAAACGCGUAACUGCAUAGCAGACAUGA